AACAUCUGUGCGCCUGAAAACGACAAUUCGCGCGUUUUGGUAAUUAGAUAAACGAGCAACGUUCGUAUUUCGUAUUAAGACUAUCUCGUACGCUGUGCGGUGGUCUCUGUAUUUGGACUCAGUUGGAAAUGUUAAGCGGAAAGGUUUUUGUUUGUAUAGUUUUAGUGACUGUAUGGAUAAAAGCCGACUGCGCCAGUCUACCGUUCAUUCCAACGAGAUUGGGGAGCGUCAAAGAAGUCAGCGCACCGGAUAUGAGAGCCCCGGGUGAGCUGGUCCGAGCGAGGGUCCGCGAGGGGGUGCCACCGCCGCUGUGUGCAGGGCGGUGCGUGGCCCCGCCGGCAGGACCAGUGUGCGCCUUUGAUGCAGCCGGAACGGCGAGGACAUUCGCUACUCUAUGUGAACUCGAGGCUGUUUCGUGUCGCGAAAGCACGUAUUACGCCGUCACAAGUUUGGGAGUUUGCUGAAUAAUUUAGAAAUUAAGAAAAUAUGAUUAAGGUUUAGUGCCGUUUUUAUGGAACUUAUAUUUGUAAGCCCAUCUAAUAUUACGAUAGAUCAUUUACAUUAGUUAAUUGGCAACGUACUCAAUGGAAAAAAUAGAUUUGUGUUUUACGUAAUUUUAGUGAUAAAUAAUUUUAAUCAGUAUAUAUUUGCAUACGUCGCGUCUUUUGUAAUAAUUUGAUGACAAUACUCAUUUGUUUACAUAGUUCCUAAAUUAGCAGGUCACCAUUAUUGUAUCUUCUUCAAAUAUUAAAUUACAUACUUAAUCUUUGUUUGGUGAUUGUUUACAAUAUGUCUACUCAUGUGCGCAUGCACAUUCAUGCAUAUGAAUAAAUUGGAAUACCUACGUUUGAAAUCAAACGCUUUCCUUUAUCUAUGGUGUAAAACCUCUAAUUUUAAGGUUUUGAUAAGUUUUGGUAAGAUUUAUUAUAUUAAGUAUUCAUUUUGAUAAGUACAUUAUGAUAUGUGUAACUGUUUAAUUACACGUAACAGAUUAAUGAAAUUAUGACAAUGACAAUAAAUAAAGUUCUGUAGUAAUAAAACGAUUUGUUUAAUUCACUAUUCGACAGUGCAUUUAGAGUUAAUUAAUAUUUCGAUUUUAACUUUUUUUUUACUUUUUUUCUACUUUGAAAAGGACGUUUACAUAUAUUUUUUGUGGUUUUCUUAGAAGUUUUUUCUAGGAGAAUCGAUUUUAAGGACUCUUUUUUAUUUAUUUGAAAACUGGUGCUUCUCAUGUGGUCCCAUUUAAAUAUUAUCAAGACAUGAUCAAAAGUUUUUGAAUUAGCCUUAAUAAUGCACUUAAGCUUGACUUCGACUACACUGAUGAUAAUCUCAUUUUAUUUUGUUGAAGUCAAUAUUCUUUCUUGAAAAAAUGUUUAUGUGUGUGACAAAACCUGUGAUUAAAUCACUACAAUACAAAGGUUUUUUAAAACACUUUUACACUUAAAUAUGACAUCAAUUUAACAACAUGUAAAGGACAAUGCCAAAAAGUGGGCCAACUUCAUGACAAAACUAUUUGUACUUGAAAAACUAUGAAUUAUUUUUUCAUGU